UUUGUGAUGUUGUAUGAUACGGAGUGAAACAGAAGCUCAAUCAUAGCAAUUUACAAAUGCAAAAGAACUGAGUUCCGAGGAAGAGAAAGUAAAAUGGCGACCGUGCCUCCACCCUCUCCUCCUCCGCGCUCCGCCUCCGGUUCCGGCAACACCUCUCCCACCGGCAAGGUGGAAGCUGCUACGAACAAUGGGAAUUGUGACGUCGACGAUAAAAAACCUAACUUCACCGAUGGGCUUGAUCACUUGGACAGUCCACAGUGCAUUGAGAGAUUCAGAAAAUAUGACAAUGAUUACGCUCAUCGAUUGGUGGGAAAAUAUUUCUCUAACAAAAACCUUUAUGGAGGAAACGUAUUUGAUGUGCAACUAAGAGUAAAGGAUGAAAUGAUAAAUUCAAGCGGCUUGACUUGUUACAGGUCAUAUGCAGAUCCUGUAGUAGGUUUUGAAGAUCAAUCCAGCAAUGGAUCAACACCACCAGCAGAUUCCCAAGCUAGCAUCCCCAAUGGGAAGCAUGUGGUGAAGAAGAACUGAAUUAAUAUGCCUUGAGAAGUAUCAAUGCAUGUCAUCAUAGAAAUCUUAAUGCAAUUCAAUGCACUUAGAAAUUGUGGAACUUAUGACUGAAGAUGUUCAUGGCCUCAACCAUCAAUUUCCUUGCCUGAGAUUUUUCGAUCAUGAUCUGCUCUGGGGUUACAACUAUGUGUUAAGGGGUCAUUAUUUCUAUGAUGUUUCAGCCCGCUAAGUGAAUAAUUGUCACCAUCUAAUUCUCCAUUUCAUAACCAUUUUCUAGUUUGCCUUAACUAGUUCGUAGUCUGGUACAUUGAAAGUC